GCAAGCAGCGCAGAACCCGGAUGCUGAUGCUGCUCGUGUCGGAUGGGGAGAAGCAAUACAGGCAGAGUGAGAGCUAAAAAACAGAGAAAGGCCCCACUGACAGAGGGACUGCUAUCCUCGUGGCCACAAGGCAAAGGAAGCGAACGGAUUAAAGGCGGCUCGAGAGGAUGACUCCGCGCGCGGUAUCCGAGGCGACGGGAGGAGAGCGCGAGGAGAUGCUGUGAUGUGCUGCACAUAGCCAGCGCGAGCGAGCGCGAGGGAGGGGAGAGGAGAGGAGAGGAGAGGGAGAGGGAGAGGAGGCUCCUACGCUAGUUAAAGAUGCUUGCUUUUUGACCAGGAAUGUCCUCCGCGCGAAUAAAGCCAGGGAUUUCUGCGCAAACACUAUAGCUUGCGAUAGCGCAAUGCACGCUUGGAUUAAUUGACGGAUUCAUGCGACGGAAGACGCCGAGGCUUUCUUUCGCGAAAGGGUGGCUGUUUUCUCCCGUACAAUUCUCCCAUAUUUCCGGAUGUGAGGCCUGGAAGAUACCGUAGUUUAUAUCAGGCACGGGACGCUCAUCCUUCACGUCCAAACAUCUAUGAAAACAAAGCGAAACUCUUUGAAGAGUACGCGACAAAAGAAAGAGACACUUAGAAUAAUACGCGUGAGGUGUCACAAACCGGAUGUGCGGUUAAAUGUGGCCAAGUUUUUAAUUAAUAAUUAGGUCACUUGCAGUUUGACAAUAGCAGUAGGCUAGCUACAUGAAUGUUUAUUUUAAAGAUAAGGCACCGGCGAAAAUAAACUGAUGACUGACCCAGGCUACCUAACGCUCCCGUUAUCUUUAUCCGUCUUCAAUAUUCAUGAUCAUUAAACUGUCGUUCGCAGCUAUUAUCUGUAUCGGCCCAUAUACUGACAGAUUUAAUCGUGUCCCCUCAUAAUUUUCCAGCAGCUGCAACCACAGGCCGUGCAAAGCGCAAUAACAGUUAUAGUUUUGGCGUAUAGGCCACGCAUUUUUUCUUUCUUUCUGUUCACUUUUGAUAUUUUCGAACGGAACAUGUUACCGAUCCGUUUCCACGAAGUUUAAGGAGACGCGGCAGAUGUUUGGGAGUAGGCCACGGCACUGACAUCACGCCUCAGCAUCCCUGUGUCAUCGCUCGCCGUCUGUGAUGUCUGAACGGCGGAGCUAUUGCGUGAGCAGGACAGACGCCCGUGGAUACAUUGUGAGAAUACACUGAUUCGCCCCCUUUAUAUUGUGACACAAAAUCGCGGUCGAACGAAAUGUCCAGUAAGGAGUUGUCGGGGAGUCAGGCAGCUCAGUACGUCGGGCCCUACCGGCUGGAGAAGACGCUGGGGAAGGGCCAGACAGGUCUGGUGAAGCUAGGAGUUCAUUGUAUCACAGGACAGAAGGUGGCCAUAAAGAUAGUUAACAGGGAAAAGCUAUCAGAGUCUGUUCUUAUGAAAGUGGAGAGAGAGAUAGCUAUUCUUAAACUAAUAGAGCACCCUCAUGUCCUAAAACUGUAUGAUGUGUACGAGAAUAACAAAUAUCUGUAUCUAGUGCUGGAACAUGUAUCUGGUGGGGAGCUGUUUGACUACCUGGUAAAGAAAGGCAGGUUGACCCCUAAAGAGGCUCGAAAAUUCUUCAGACAAAUCAUAUCUGCUCUGGACUUCUGUCACAGUCACUCUAUAUGCCACCGAGAUCUGAAGCCUGAAAACCUCCUGCUGGAUGAGAAGAAUAAUAUCAGAAUUGCUGACUUUGGCAUGGCCUCCCUACAGGUUGGGGACAGUCUGCUGGAGACCAGCUGUGGAUCACCCCAUUAUGCUUGUCCUGAGGUCAUUAGGGGAGAGAAAUAUGAUGGACGUCGGGCAGAUGUGUGGAGCUGUGGGGUUAUUCUCUUUGCUCUGUUGGUGGGAGCAUUGCCCUUUGACCAUGAUAACCUGCGUCAGCUGUUGGAGAAGGUGAAGAGUGGAGUAUUUCACAUGCCUCACUUCAUUCCUCCAGACUGCCAGGCUCUCCUCCGUGGCAUGAUUGAGGUCAAUCCUGAGAAACGGCUCACGUUGGAAGAAAUACAAAAGCACCCCUGGUAUCAAGGGGGCAGGAACGAGCCGUGUCCAGAGCAGCCACCCCCUAGGCGAGUGUGUGUGAAGAGGAUCUUGUCUCUUACAGAUCUGGACCCUGAUGUUCUGGAGAGCAUGCACUCGCUGGGCUGCUUCAGAGACCGUGUCAAGCUCACCAGAGACCUGCAGUGUGAAGAAGAAAACCAGGAGAAGUUGAUCUACUAUCUUCUAUUGGACAGAAAGGAGCGCUACCCUAGUUAUGAAGAUGAACAUCUUCCACCCAGAAACGAUAUUGAUCCCCCCCGUAAGAGGGUGGACUCGCCCAUGUUGACCCGUCAUGGGCGCUGUCGGCCGGAGAGAAAGAGUCUGGAGGUACUGAGUGUGACAGAGCAGGGCUCUCCAACACCUCCCCGCAGAGCACUGGAUACCUCUGCACAUAGCCAGAGGUCUCGGUCUGUUAGCGGAGCUUCAACCGGCCUCUCAUCCAGUCCCCUCAGCAGCCCUCGAAGCCCAGUUUUCACUUUCAGCCAAACUGAAGUCACCUCUGCUUCCACCACCCAGUCCAAAGACCCCAAAGCAGGAAGUUCCACCGCACCCCGGGCGUCCCAACGCGCGCCUGACCAAAAAACCCAGACCCUACCCUCAAAAGCGGCCUCUGACCGUCCCCACCUGCAGUCUAUGAAGUCCCUCCCCCUGCAGACUCCUCCGUCUCCUUCGCCCUCCCCCUCUCCGCUCCUGUCCCCCAUCCCUCGCUUCUUCUUCCCUGCUCCUUCUGUCCUGAAGUCUGUCACUAAGACCAUCUAUCCUAACUCUGCCCAUGUGUCGCAGGUCACCCCACAGGGCUCCCCUCCCACCCCUUUGGGGACCCCUGUGCACCAUCCCCAGCCCCCUCCCACCCCGCCCUCCUCCUCCUCUUCUUCUUCCUCUUCACGAGCUGAAGGAGGUGGUGGUGGUGUGGGCGGUGGCUCCAUGUCCCUAACCCCACCCUCCAGUCCUGGGGGAAGUGGUGGAAUGGCUGCCAGCAGUUCAGCGCACUGGAGGACACGUCUCAACUCCUUCAAAAACAACCUGCUGGGCUCGCCACGCUUCCACCGCCGAAGGCUACAAGUUCCUACGUCAGAAGAUAUGUCCAGUUUAACUCCAGAGUCCAGCCCAGAGUUGGCGAAGAAGUCGUGGUUUGGAAAUUUCAUCAGUCUGGAGAGGGAAGAGCAAAUUUUUGUGGUGAUCAGAGACAAACCACUAAGCUCAAUCAAGGCUGAUAUCGUCCAUGCCUUUCUAUCAAUUCCCUCCCUAAGUCACAGUGUCAUCUCUCAGACAAGUUUCCGGGCGGAGUGCAAGUCCUCCGGAGGUCCGUCUGUCUUCCAGAAACCUGUCAAAUUUCAGGUUGACAUCGCCUUCUCUGAGGGGGAGAGAGAACGAGAGAGGGAGAAAGAGAGAGAAAGGGAGGGAAGGAGAGAGACUGGCAUCUACAGCGUCACCUUCACCCUAUUAUCAGGUCCUAGUCGCAGGUUUAAAAGAGUGGUAGAGACCAUUCAAGCUCAGCUUCUCAGUACACAUGACCAGCCCUCUGUGCAGGCGCUUGCAGAUGAGAAAAACGGGCUUUCGUCUCGCCCACCCAGCACACCGACCCGGCAGAACUCUCGCCGCUCGGAGGGCGGAGGUGAUCGCGGGAGCGGGCAGAGCGCAGCGAUCGAGGAGAAGGGAGCAGUAUUGGCGGUAGUGCGAGUGUACUACAAAGAAAGGGGUCUGGCAAGGAUAAAACUCGCCUCCUAUCCUCAAAUGGGACCCAGUCUCAACCCUAAGUGAACUAAUUAGACAAGCUGCGGAGCGGGUGGGAACAAACCCUGCUCUUGAUUCCCCCCCAGACACAACUCCCUCAUAAUCCAUCUGCACAGUACAUAACAACAGGUAUACUCAGCCUUGAUUUACACAUCACUAGCGGAAACCCUGGGUCCAACUGCGACAAUAGGAGAGUCAGGAGUGUUAUCCACAUGGAAGUGUUCUUACACGUGAAUAAUCAUCUGACAAGAAAAAAAUUACGAUCACUUAUCCUUGUUAGGAACAAAGGAUUUGAAAAGUGAAAGCAAGAUGUAUCUCUUAAUGUAAACCCCAGCUAUAAAUUAUUUAAUGCGGUACAAACAAGGAGAUUGACAUCCGGUGGACAUCCAGUGAUCUAAUGACAACAAACUAUACAAGGAGCAACAAACUUAAAAGUGGGACAGGAAAGAAUGUCUCCAAAACUUAUCAUCAUCCUCAUUAUCAUCAUCAUCAUCAUCCUCAUUAUCAUAAGCAAUGAUCCAUCAGAAAAUCACAAGCUGUUUGAGGUAGAGAAAAGCAAACAUGGUGGGAAAAAGUGGGAAGUUCUUCAUUCUUAACACCACUUGGAGCACAAAAAUGGAUUUCUAAAACACUAUGUAAAGAAAAGAAUAGGGAUUUUUAGAAAGGCGAUCUAAAUUUUGUAACACAAGUCCUAUGUGACUAUACCUUCAUGAGAGAAGGACGGAUUAUGCCUUUAGUGAAAUGUUAUGUGUUGAAGAUAUAGGCUAUGUUAAACACUGAUUGUUCAAGCUUGUGUUGUAGAUCCUGAACUCUGUGAUAUGUUGUAGAUUCAAAAUCAGUCAGAAAGGCAGUGGAGAGCUGCCCACUGGAAGCUACAGUUGGUAAAAUUGGCCAGUUUUAAGUCUUUGCAGAUCUGAAAGUAUCUCAGAUCCACCCCACUCACUAAGCAGGGCACAGAGGGAUGAGCAGGCAUCUAGAUUUCCUAUGACAUGUUCACACAGAGACCGAACAAGAGGAACAAAAUAGCCAGUCACUCUCAUGUGUCAAACAAAGAGGCAGCGUCAGAAAAAAUUUGAAGCCUACACCAUUUUCUUGUGUGAUUCCUGGUAGAACUUCCAUCAUAAGUAGAAGCCCAAAAAUUAUUUUUUGUGCUUUCCAUUUCAAUAUUUAUAUUUUUGAGACGAGAUGUGAAGUAUUUCCAUCAACAAAAUGAAGUGAAUGUCAAAAAAACUAAAUUACAAAUAUUUUACAUUUUAAGUAUUUUAUUUAAAGAUAUUUAUUUCAGCAAAUAUUUAUGUAUUUAUUUAUUUAUUCAUUUAUUCAUUUAUUUAUUCAUUUAUUUAUUGGAUUAGAGUUGAGGCUGGUAAAGUCAAAAUAAAAAGGGUAGAAAAAUUUGCAAUUUAGAAAAUGGCAGAAACUUUGUAUCUGUUCCCAAAUAUUUUAUAACAAUGCUGCACAUGUCCUUUUAAAAAACCAUUUCAGUAGCCAACAAUUACCCAUCUCGUUUUCAUUUCAUUUUCAAUACAAAAGAAGCAAACUCACAAAGGAGAAAGCUGGAGAACAACUUUGAAAAAUCAUCCAAGCAAUGACUCCAUGCCUUGGACGUCUCCCACGGGGAAGAGACUUCAAAACCCCCCAGGAUGUACAACGUAAAGACUGAAGUGAACCUUAUGGAAGCAGAGGAACAAAACAGAGGGAAUGAAAAGAAGGCCCGCUGUGUUCACUCUUCAUCUUUGAGAAUGUUACCCAGACAAGAGCCCAAAGUUUCGGACUCGUGCGUACCGGGCCAGCCCCUUCGUACAAAAUGCGAGCAGUAUUCUUUUUUCACACAUGCACACACACACACACACACACACACACACACACACACAACAAGACUCUCCUUCUCAAAACUGACAAUAUGAAACAAAAUGAAUGAUAACUGGACUUUGAAACUGGAAUGCACUGUCCUAAAAGAGAAUUGUAUUCAAACAAAUAGUUGUCCCUUUCCUCGCCCACCCACGGGAAUCAGUGAAGUGCUCUAUUAAGUGCAGACUCAGGAUCAGCGGGGCUUUUUAGCUCAUUACAUUUGUGAAUGGGGGGAACCUGAUCCUGAAUAUCCACUUAAAAGCUCUUUCUCCAAUGAGCCUCUGCCCUGAAGCCCAGAAUCUGACCAUAAUGCUCCUCUCUCUCUCUCUCUCUCUCCAUCCCUCCCUUCAGUCCACUCCCUUGAUGCAAGGAGCACUAAAUGCAAAGCAAGGUUUUGCUCUGGUCCUCCCUCUGCCACCAUCCCGCAGCCAUCACAUACGCCUUCACCCAAAAAUAGCAUAGCGGAAGACGAAGCUUCGGACGGUUCGGUCAUCGAGCAGCUCCUGCAUCAUCCUGGAUUGUUUUCCAUAGCACAUUGAAUAUAUUUCACCACUGUUGAAUGUUUAGGUGCAUCGUUCUUUAGAUAUAAUACGGGGUACGUUCUUAUUUUAGUACACUCAAAAUGCCUUAAAUCCACAUUUACUAAACAGUCAGCAUGUGCGCGCUCAAACAUGCCCGGUCACUUGCAGAGGCAGAGGAAACGCCAGAGCAAAACCCUGAAGAUGUUCUAUGUUCAAUUCUGUUAGUUCUCAGGCAGGGUAAGUCUGGGAGUGUGCAAAUACAGACUGUCUGGACACCAGCUCUGAGUGAAUGUGAAAUACACUCCACAUACUUUCUCUGUGUUCAUGACAAUGUCCUGCUCUACGUGUCUGUCCUCUCCUCCUCCUCCUCCUCCCUUUCACAUUAUGCUCUGAAUGAUAUUCUGUUUUUGUUACUCGCCUCACACAUACAGCACACGUAUCACAUUUCAUAUGUAUCGUUAGUCUUCACUUAUUUACCAUACAUUAUAUACCUCAUCCUGCUCCUGCCUCCCAAUCAUAGAAUUAUACUUUAGACCACCCCCUUCCCUCUUCUCUCAUUAUAUACAUACCCUGCCCUGCCUGCCCCCAAUGUAUGCUCACCCCCACACCCCCGUCUCUGUUCAUUGUAAACAGAAAAUAUUACUCAUAUCUUCAUUCUUUAUCCAUUCUAUAUUCACCUGAUGAUUAUUGAUUAUCUUUGUCGUCAUUACUGAUAACUCCUCUUAAGAUUGUAAAGCUGUACUCUUUCUUCCCCAUCGCGCACAGUAGGAACUUUUUUCGUAAGAAAUGCAAGUCAUUAAAUUGGAGGGAAAAAAAUAAUGACGAGAAAAUAAAUGUCUGUGUUAUAAUUAAAAAAAUGAAAGUGCACUAUUAUUAAUGCCUGUGAUAAAGAACAAUAAACAAUACAAAAAAAUA